AUGCUAUCGGACUCACAUUUUGAACAAAUCUAUCAAUCCUCCAACGAAGGAGCCUCAUCCAGUAAUGUCAUUUCAUCUCUCUCAUGGGUUCCACGUGGUUCUUUUAAAUUAGUUCCGACCGUUCUUGCCGAUACCAUGACUGAACCACCCAAAGAUCCUUCUAGUACCACCACCUCUCUUGAAAGUGAUGAUGAAAUGGACCACAAUUGUGAUGAACAUGCCAUGAAUGAUGAAACCAAUGAACAAUCUUCUUUUGGUGGAUUUGAAAAGAUAUCACUUGAAGAAUUACUUUUCAAAGCCACAAGUGGUAAAAAUCUUACCAUGUAUUCCACCAAUGAUGAAGAUCCUUAUCUCAAAGGCAAAGGAGUGAGUGAUUCAAGUGAAGAAGCUGAUUUUGAAUUGAAACCUAAUGAUUUACCACUUGUUGCCAUUCACAAUGAAGAAGAUGGUCUCACUACAUUACAAGUUUGGAUUUAUGAACAAGAAGAAGAUAAUUUAUUUAUUCAUCAUGAUUUAUUAUUAGCUAAUUAUGGAUUGUGUACUCAAUGGUUGAAUUUAAAGAAUAUUAAUCAACCUGGAAAUUGUAUUGCAAUUGGAACAUUUGAACCACAAAUUGAAAUUUGGGAUUUAGAUAUUGUUGAUCCAAUUGAACCAAUUAUGGUAUUAGGUGAACAAGAAGUAGAUGCUAAAAAGAAAAAGAAAUCUUCAAAUUCAGUGAAUUCACAUAGAGGUCCAAUUUUGAGCAUGUCUUUCCGUUCCUCUGAUUCUAAAUUAGCAAGUGGAAGUGAAGAUCGUUCUGUCAUUAUUUGGGAUCUCUCCACACAAAAACCAUUUUAUCAUUUGAAGAAUGUUGGUUCAUCACCCAUUCAAGGAGUUCAAUUCCAUCCCACUGAACAACACAUUUUAUUGACAUGUCCUAUUGAAGACAAGUGUUGUAAAGUGUAUGAUGCUCGUCAACAAUCUCCAAAACCAAAACGAUAUCAAUUCUCUCAACAAUCUAGUGGAGAUGCUGAAUGUUGUUUGUGGAAUCCAAACAAUCCAUUCGAAUUUGUAAUUUCUCAAGACAAUGGUUUUGUGACGUGUUUUGAUAUUCGAAAGGAAGGUUCAAGUAACAAUCAGGUUUGGAACAUCAAAGCUCAUCCAGAUGCAUCAUGUUCAUGUCUGAGUUUCUCAACUCUUAAGAGUAAUUUAAUGGCAAGUGUUGGUAGUGAUGGAUGUGUGAGAUUGUGGAGCACAAAAUCAAGUGUACCAGAAUUGGCAUUUACAAAGAAUGUUAAGAAAAGUAUGGGUGAAAUAUUUACAUGCUCCUUUGCUCCGACCACUUUGAAUGAUGACAUUGUGUUGGCUUAUGGUGGAUCUGGAGGAAAUUUGGGUGUUUUCAAUGUAUCAGCCCAAGCGAAAAAGGGUCAUAGCUCAGCAUCUUCAUCCAAUCAGUAA